AUGGGUCAGUGGAACACCAAAAUUAAGGAAGAACAAGAUUUUUACCAUGAAGAUGCUGCAGAAGAAUUUGCAGAUAUAGCACUUAAGAGAGAAAUUAACACAACUGUUUUGAAUAGAAGAUGUAGUGGGAGUGAGUGGCUAGUGACUAAUAUUAAGGAAGAAAAGAAUGAUUCUUCCGAUGUAGAUGAUGCUGCAGAAUUUGCAGAGAUAGCGGAAAAGAAAGAAAUUGAUCCAAUUGUAGUGAUAGAUACUCAUGGAACAAGGAAGAGGCAAGAGGUGAGAGAUGGUACGAAAGGUAAGAAGAAUAAUGUAACCCCAAAUUGUCGAUUAUUUAUUAAAUGUAAACCACCAUUGCUUGAAUGUGAAAUUAAGAAACUUCAUCCAGACAUUGUUGCUGUACAAGCACUUCGUCAAAAAGGUAAAUACUUCGUAACUUUCCCCAAUAAAUCAGCAAGCAGCAAAGCCCUUGAAGAUCUGAGAAAGACAGACUUGAAAGGACAUACUCUAAGAGUUCAUGAAUAUCGUUCACGCAGAGAUUGUGAUGUGCCAUUUUUGUUUACUGGGCGCACACCCAAGAAGGAAAUAAAGAGACGUCUCCAAGAAGCCAUUGCUUGUAAUAUUAAUGACAAUAGAAUGAAAACAUAUUAAUGUAAAAAUAUUAAUUGUAUAAACAAAUAAAAACUGGGAUUGUAAAUGAAACUUGUAGUUUGUUUAAGUGUCAAUAAAUUUUGCAGAAAACAGUAUACAGUUUCUAUCCUGAUGUGGGAGUGGGCAUUGCAACAUUUACUGUUGCAUACUGAUUCUAGUGAUGUGUUGUGAAACGAUGUUAAAAUAUUACGUGUGGAUUUUUGGUAUUGAUACUGACUCAUUAUGAAAAUUGUUUUGCUACUGUGUCUGUUAAUUAUAGUUAUCUGUAGUUUUUUAAAAGUAUGUUCCAACCCAUGAGUGAGAUAGGACAAAAACACUGGUUCUUAAAUGGAGAGGGAUGGCAAGAACUUGUAUUUCAACCCCAUUAAAGAGAUAGAGGCUUGCCUGAAUAAUGUGGGUGGCUUUGUUGCUUAUUUGAACAAUUUUUUAUUCGUAAUAUAUAAGUGGGUGUAAUAUGAUGUACUAUUCAUGAGAGGUACUUUCAUUCUAAACACUGAACUGC